CUCUCUCAGCUCUAAAGCCAUUCUUCUUCACUCUCUCUAUCUUUUCUAUUAUCUGAGAAUUUGCUGAGCAGUUGUGUAUUUCAACUGAUUUUCAAACCCUAUCGUUUUGGAUCCACUUCAAGGUUUAGAUGUGAAGAAAACUACUCUGCCUGGAAAGAGUUACUUUUUUUCUUCUUCUUUUUUUUUUUUGUUUUGUAUUUGAAGUGGUGAGAGGAAGUGUUUGGAUCGGAGAUGGCGGAGAUUGCCGGCGAAGCGGCAGAGGUAACAGGCAAUGCGAGAAGUGAGUCGCCGGUGAGGUUGACUUCGACCACGUCGGGAGCACCUCCGCCUUUGGCGGUGUCGGCGUCGUUUAAGGAGAGUGGAGGGAAAGGUUCGUCGAGGAGGAGAACUGUCAGACCUAGCUUCGAUGCGGAUAACGACUUCAUUACGUUGCUUCACGGUUCGGAUCCGGUGAAAGUUGAGCUUAAUCGGUUGGAGAAUGAAGUUAGAGAUAAAGAUAGAGAAUUGGGAGAAGCACAAGCCGAAAUUAAGGCAUUAAGGAUGUCUGAAAGGCUAAGAGAAAAGGCUGUCGAAGAGCUCACUGAUGAUCUCUCAAAAAUGGCGGAGAAGCUUAAACUGACAGAAUCUCUUCUGGAAAGCAAGAACCUAGAAAUCAAGAAAAUAAAUGAUGAGAAGAAGGCAUCCAUGGCUGCUCAGUUUGCAGCUGAGGCCACUCUGCGGAGGGUUCAUGCUGCUCAAAAGGACGAUGAUAUGCCUCCAAUUGAAGCAAUUCUUGCACCCUUGGAGGCUGAGCUGAAGCUUGCUCGGCAAGAGAUUGCAAAGCUUCAAGAUGAUAACAAAGCUCUCGAUCGUCUAACUAAAUCAAAAGAAGCAGCUUUAAUUGAUGCUGAAAGAACUGUAGAGUUUGCAUUGGCGAAAGCUUCCAUGGUAGAUGAUCUCCAAAAUAAAAACCAGGAAUUGAUGAAGCAGAUAGAAAUUUGCCAGGAAGAAAACAAAAUUUUGGACAAAAUGCAUCGCCAAAAGGUUGCAGAGGUUGAAAAGCUUAUGCAAACAGUUAGGGAGCUGGAAGAGGCUGUUCUUGCUGGUGGUGCUGCUGCAAAUGCAGUGAGGGACUACCAGAGGAAAGUUCAGGAGAUGAAUGAGGAAAGAAAAACACUUGAUCGAGAGCUGGCACGUGCAAAAGUAAGUGCUAAUAGAGUGGCCACAGUUGUAGCAAAUGAGUGGAAAGAUGCUAAUGACAAAGUGAUGCCUGUAAAACAAUGGCUUGAAGAGCGGAGAUGCUUGCAGGGAGAAAUGCAGCAACUUCGUGACAAGCUUGCUAUAACUGAGCGAACUGCAAAAUCUGAAGCACAGUUGAAAGAGAAAUAUCUAUUGCGGCUCAGAGUUCUAGAAGAUAGCUUGAGAGGAUCUUCUAACAGUGUUAGUCGCAGUACAUCAGAUGGAAGAAGUGUGAGCAAUGGGCGUUCUAGGCGUCAGUCUCUUGGUGGAGCUGAUAACUUCUCAAAACUUACCCCCAGUGGGGUUUUAUCCAAGAGAUCACCAAGCUUUCAAUUGAGAUCAUCUUUCUCGUCUAGUACAGUAUUGAAGCAUGCUAAAGGAACAUCCAAGUCAUUUGAUGGAGGCACAAGAUCGUUAGAUGUGACAAAAGUGCUUUUAAAUGGAACAGACUCAAAUAGUUCACUCAACCAACCUUCUGAGGGAAAGGCUGAGGCACCAAGUGAUGAAAAACCAAAUAAUUUCCUGGCAGUGGAUGCAGAGGAUAAUGUACCUGGAGUAUUGUAUGAUUUGUUGCAAAAAGAGGUCAUAGCUUUGAGGAAAGCUGGUCACGAGAAAGAUCUAAGCCUUAAGGAUAAGGAUGAGGCAAUUGAGAUGCUUGCCAAGAAGGUGGAAACAUUGACAAAGGCAAUGGAAGUUGAGGCUAAAAAGAUGCGACGUGAAGUAGCCACUAUGGAGAAAGAGGUUGCUGCCAUGCGUGUCAAGAAAGAACAUGAGAAUCGGGCCAAGCGGUUUGGUAACUCCAAGGGGUCUGCUGCUCAGCUGCUUACCGGAAGAAACGUAUCUCGAAGUGGGUUAACACGCAGCACUCAAUGACAACAAAAUUCUAAUUGGAGCUGCCGCAAGGACUUGCAUAGGUCUCUUCUGUCUGUUGUUCUAUUUAUUAAAUAUUACCUCUUUGGUGAUUGAUUAUAAAGAUGAUAAGUUUUUGUGUUGAUGAACUCAUGUUCACUGAAAUUAGCGAAGAGAAGAGAAGAAAUUUGGUAUAAGAGUAAAAUUCGAAGGAAGAAAUUGGUUGUCGUGGUGCUUCAGACAGAGAAUACUUAUUCCUCUGCCUAGAGAUGAGCCAAAAAAAAAAGAAAAAAGGAGAGGAAGUAUUGACUAUGAGCUAACCUUUGGCAGGGUUUUCCUUGGGAGUGGCGAGUGGCCAUGGAAGUGUAUGUAUAGGCAACUUUAAUGGCUCCCCCCCCCCCCCCAACUUUUCUGGGGAGUUCAUAUUUGUAAUAUCAAUAUGCAGAUAAGUUGUUGAUUUGAGAUUUGAAGUUUGUUAAUAUCAUAGUUUAAAGAUAAGGUGCAUGCUUCUACAUGAAUGGAUGGAGUUAGAGCUUAAACUCGGCUUGGUUAGAAUUUAUCUAACUCCAAUCCAAAUUUGAAACUUACAGUACGUUUGGUUCGCUGUAAUGGAAUAGAGGUGUAAUGGAAUGGAGGGUUAAUAGGUAAUUUUUUUGUUUGUUUGAA